AUGGGAUCUGGGAAGAACAACUGGAAUGCUUUUGGCUGCCAUGUGUCGGAAGACCUGCUCCUGACCACGGCCGAGCGGGUUGUCGGCCUGGGAUUGAGGGAUCUUGGAUAUCAAUAUGUCGUACUGGACGACUGUUGGCAAGAUGUUAAUGGCCGCGAUCAGAAUGGCCGACUCCAGCCGGAACCCAGCAAGUUUCCGCGGGGCCUCAACUUUCUAUCCGACUACUUGCACAGCCUGGGUCUAAAAUACGGAAUGUAUUCGAGCGCUGGCGAGAUGACAUGUGCCCGUUUCGAGGGAUCGCUCGACCAUGAAGCAGAGGACGCGCAGAGCUUUGCAUCAUGGGGCAUUGACCUUCUCAAGUACGACAGUUGUUACCACAUGGGUCGAAUUGGUACACCCCAGAUCUCCUUUAACAGAUUCAAAGCCAUGUCCGAUGCCCUGGUUGACACUGGUCGUCCCAUUCUUUUGAAUCUCUGCAAUUGGGGGGAAGACUAUGUACACACUUGGGGAAUGUCCAUAGCCAAUUCCUGGAGGGUCACGGGGGAUAUUUACGACUCCUUCACCAGACCCGACGAUCUGUGCGGUUGUGACACGAGCAUAUCUGAUCCAUUUUGCAUCGCACCGGGCACACACUGUUCCGUUCUGUUCAUCCUCAACAAGGUCGCCGCAUUUGCCGACCGCAGUAUUCCCGGGGGAUGGAGCGAUCUAGACAUGCUCGAGGUCGGCCAGGGCGGCAUGACAGACGAGGAGUACAAGGCGCAUUUUGCUCUGUGGGCCGCCAUGAAGUCCCCUCUGUUUCUGGGAAACGACCUUAGGGACAUGACGGCAUCUGCAUUCUCCAUCAUCAACAACCCUGCCAUCCUGGCCCUGAACCAAGACCCUCACGGACGCUCCAUUACUAGGGUGAGACGUGAGGUUGACGGUGUCGCCAAGGAUGAAUGGGGGAUCGGAGAGACGCACGUCUGGAGUGGCUACUUGCAAAAUGGUGACGAGGUUGUCAUACUUCUCAAUGCCGGAGCGGCCGACAUGGAAAUGAAGGCUACAUUGGCCGAGAUAUUUGUAUCUUUUGGUCCUGGCGGCUCAGCUCCGCACGUCAAGAGUGACUGGUCGGUCCAUGAUCUCUGGGCUCACCGCAUGCCUCACAAGACGGCAGCUGCCAUAGUAGAUGCCAUAUCUGAUGACGAAAGGGCCGCCAUCUAUAAAAAUGCGAAUUGGUACAAUUCCACAGAAACGCCAUACGCAGAAGGUCUACGAAAUGGCGACCCAAGGCUGUUUGGCGAGAAGAUUGGUGUAAUUGAGGCGGGCGGAACCCUAAAGGCCGAGGUCAAGAGUCAUGCUGCUAGAGUUUUCCGACUCAGGAGGAUUCAAAAGCCUGGAGAACUAUUCAAAGAAAAAAGACAUGACAGGAUGGCAAAGGACGAGUUAUAG